GGCUACCUACUCUGUUUUGCUGUCUUUCUAAGGGCCUAGCCUCCCCUCCAAUAUCUCUUUGUAGGAGUCGAUGGCUCCCCGUCCAGCCCUCGAAAAACACCACCUCUUAAUUGCUGCCUGGUCAACAACUAUUUUGUGCACUCGUUCCUCAUUAUCCCCUCAUGUCCCACUCCGCUCCUAGGCCGAGAUGUCUUAAGUCAACUGAAGGCCUGUAUCUCACUUCCCAUCAGCCUUCCCCAUCCAGCCUGUCAUCUACUUUUAGUUCUAACUACCCCAAACGACUCCAACCAUUCUACUAACCAUUCCCCCGCAUUCCCUAUUCCAGUAGACCCUCAAGUGUGGGAUACUUCUUUUCCCAUAGUAGCAAGUCACCACCCACUAGUCCUUAUAAAACUUAAAGAUCCCUCUCAGUUUCCGGCUUGCCCACAAUUCUCCCUUUCUCCACAACACCUACGAGGACUCAAAUCUAUCAUUAAUAGGCUGCUCAGUCAACACAUCCUCAUCCCCACUCUCUCCUUGUAAUACCCCAAUCCUACCAGUAAGAAAGUCAGAUGGAACUUUCCGGUUAGUCCAAGACCGCUUCAUAAAUGAGGCUGUCCGCCCCACUCACCCAGUAGUUCCAAAUCCUUACACCCUCCUCUCAUAUAUCCCAUCUGACACGACCUAUUUUACUGUUCUUGAUUUAAAAGAUGCAUUUUUCACCAUCCCCUUACACCCUAACUGCCAGUUUCUUUUUGCUUUCACCUGGGAAGACCCGGAUACCCAUGUCUCCACCCAACUGACAUGGACAGUGCUUCCCCAAGGGUUCUGAGAUAGCCCCCAUUUCUUUGGGCAGGCCCUUGCAGCAGAUCUAGCCUCCUGCCCCCUCACCAGCAGCAAAGUCCUCCAGUAUGUAGAUGAUCUCCUCCUCUGUAGUCCUACUAAACAAGACUCUUUGUUAGACUCAGCCAUCCUCCUUAACCACUUAGGAUCCAAAGGUUACUGAGUAUCAAAACACAAAGCUCAAGUCUCCCAACAAUGUGUUAUAUAUCUAGGUAUUGAAAUCACACCCACAACCUGCUCAUUAACCACCGAGCAGUUAAAGCUCAUCCAAAACCUGUCGCCACCCCAGAAUGCCAAAGAGAUUCAAUCUUUCUUAGGGCUAGUCGGGUUCUUUAGACACUGGAUCCCCAAUUUCUCAAUGUUAGCCAAACCCCUAUAUGCUGCCAUCAAAGAGACCCCCGAAGGACCCCUGUCAAACCCAAAACUUGUUUGCCGGUACUUUACACAUCUCAAGCGCUGCCUCCUUACACAACCAACACUUUCACUACCAGAUUUCAAACGACCUUUUCACCUAUACAUUGAUGAAAAACAAAAGGUAGCCGUAGGAGUCUUAGUCCAACCUGUAGGUCCUACUCACCACCCUAUAGCUUAUCUAUCCAAACAACUAGAUCCUACUGUACAAGGGUGGCAGCCUUGCCUUCGGGCUCUGGCUGGAGCUGCCUGUUUAACUCAAGAAGCAAAAAAACUCAUUAGAGGCUGUAAUCUAACAGUCUUCUCUACCCACCGCCUUCAAGACCUUAUUGCCCACAAAAGUAUUAGCCACCUAACCCCGUCCAGGCUCCAACUUUUCCACCUCUUGUUCAUAGAAGACUCUAACAUUGCCCUAGGAGUCUGCUCCUCUCUAAAUCCAGCAACCUUACUCCCCAACCCUCUCAAACAACCCCAUACUGAACACUCCUGUCCAGAACUUUUAGAGGCCCAACCAGCUAGUCACUUACAUUUACAUGACCAACCCUUGGAGAGCCCACAGUUAACCCUAUUUGUGGAUGGCAGUUCUUUUAUAAAUUCUCAAGGAAACAGACAGGCAGGAUACAUGGUAGUUACAUCAUCCACUGUCCUAGAAGCUAAGCCUUUACCACAAGGAACAACAUCACAGCAGGCGGAGCUUAUCGCACUAACUAGGGCUCUCCUCCUAUCUAGAGGAAAAACAGUAAACUUAUACACAGAUUCUAAGUAUGCCUUCUUAAUUGCACACAUCCAUUCUGUCAUCUGGAAAGAAAGAGGGUUCCUAACCUCCUAUGGUACCCCCAUAAUCAACAAAAAGCAAAUACUUAAACUGCUAGACACUUUAUCAGCACCUUCCAAAGCAGCCAUCAUACACUGUAAAGGUCAUCAGACUCCAUCUAACCCGGUGGCAGCUGGCAACAAUUUUGCUGACACCACUGCCAAAUCGGCUGCCAGAUUCUCCACCCCUACACUUCCUUCUGUUUGUUUUCUUUCUCCCAAUAUACCCCUAAUUACACCCAGGAAGAGAAAACCAACUAUUACAAGAUUCAACAGCCAGAGUAGCCACAGACAAUUGGAUUUACAUUAAUAAUAAAUUAGUUAUCCCUAAGACACAACUUUACACUGUCUUAAAGGACAUACAUAACUCCUUACACAUAGGACCUAAGGCUCUACAUAACCUCUUAAGCCCCCUCGUCCACUGCCCCGCACUCAUGAAGUACCUAACCGAAAUCAGUCAACAGUGUUCUACCUGCCUUAAAUCAAAUCCUCAAGGCGCACUACGCAACCCCCACCUGAGUCACCAACUCAGAGGACACCAGCCAGGCGAAGAUUGGCAAAUCAAUUAUACACAUGUGCCAAAACAUAAAAAAUUCAGAUAUCUCCUAACCCUUAUUGACACCUUUUCCGGAUGGAUAGAGGCUUAUCCAACUACAGGAGAAACUGCUAAUAUAGUUGCUUCCAUACUCACUGAAUAUAUCAUCCCCAGGUUUGGUCUCCCACUCACACUCCAGUCUGACAACGGCCCAGCCUUCAUCUCCAAAGUUGUCCAGCAAGUGGCAGCUCUCCUACACAUAACCUGGAAGCUUCACAUCCCUUAUAGACCCUAAUCCUCAGGUCCAAGAGAUCACCCGAGUCACCUUCAACCAAAUGCUCCUGCAUCCCUACACCCAACUGCCAACCUGGGACCCUAACUAUGCCCCCUAACAGCAGGAAGCAGCCAGACAGAUAAUGACGCCCCUAAUUCUUAUAAUUAAUAAGAGGUUGGACUGUUCGAGUGAGGGAGAAAGGACAAGAUGGAAGAAGGUAAAGAAGGUAAACAAGAUGGUACAGUUCCGGGUUCUUCAUCAGCGACUUUCCCGCACCCGGGAAAAACACUGAUUGUCUGUGCCUGCGCAUUGUGACGUCAAAACAAAGAAAUCGAAACUUACCCAGCCACGCCUAUGAAGAUGCCCCUACCCCCGCCCCUGUCCUGCCCACCUCAAGCCCCAUCCAUAAAAGGCCGCUCCCGGAAGACAUCGCCGUGAACUCCCUCCGCCCCUCUUCAUAUGCGGACCUAGGAACCUCGCCCGAGAAUGCUGGAGCGACUUCCUCGGCCUCCACCGCAGGAGACCAGUGAACCUUGCCCUUUCCUCCUUCACAUUGGCUAGCUAAUAAGGUUUUUUUUACCUUG